AUGAGUGGCGACCGUAGCAGACGGGCACCCCAAGAAGAUCCAUUCGGUCUCAGAUCUCAAGAAAAUGGCGAAGCUUUUGGGCCUGGAGCUCAACAAAAGCAGAGGAAGGAGCCAAGAAAUCAGCAACAGCAAAUGGUGUAUUCGCCUGUUAGGGUCGUGCCUCCUAUCACUGCUGCCACUAUGAUGGUGCCGCAGAAUAUGUAUCAGCCUUAUAAUCCGUAUCCAAUGGAUCAAAGGAUGCCUCAAGGACCACCUCCUAUGCAGAACGUUCGUUUUGACACAAGCGCAGACCGCCAACAGCAACAACACAUACACAACAGCGCUGAACGCCAACAGCAACAGCAUUCCAGCGCAGAACGCCGCAUGAUGCAAGACCAACAACAACGUGUACGCAACCAGCCCUCAGAUCCAAACCUCAGACAAGCACAAGUCGUACGUCCGCCACACCAUGUUGCUAUGCCGAUCCCGCUACCGCCACCAGUCGUUACUCCAAGAGCUAUGAUGAACAACCAGCAGUACUAUCAGGAACAGUGGCAACAACCGCAACAGUAUCAGAAUCAGGGACAGCAGUAUUAUCCGCCGCCGCAGCAGAUGCGUGGUAAUGGUGGUGGGCAUCAUAUGAUUCCCAUACAUUUGCCACCUGGUGCUACGAUACAGAGACGUGCCGGUACUAAAAAGACGUUGAAGCUGACUGCACAGGGAAAUUUUGUGCAAGAUCUGCCAGUCUCUGAACGAUGUCUAUCAUUCGGUCGCUUCAAGAACUCUCAAGAAUUCUCGUCUUUAAGGUAUACGGCCAUCACAUGCGAUCCAGAUGAGUUCCACCAUCAGGGAUACAACCUGCGUCAAAAAGAGUGGGGUCGAAAGACCGAGGUCUUUAUUGUCGUGACAAUGUAUAAUGAAGACGAUAACUUGUUUGCUAAAACUAUGGAUGCUGUGGCAAAGAAUGUGAGCUUCUUGUGUAAACGAAAAAAUAGUAGUACUUGGGGAUCAGACGCAUGGCAGAAAGUCGUUGUGUGUAUUGUGGCCGAUGGUCGUUCCAAGAUACAUCCACGAGUCCUCUCAACCCUCGGCGCAAUGGGAUGUUUCCAAGAUGGCGUAAUGAAAGAAUCCAUAAACGGAGAGCCCACAACCGCUCACGUAUUCGAAUACACUACUCAAAUCGUAGUCGACUCGGCUGGAACCUUCAAGGGCACCGAAGAUGGAUAUUGUCCAUUGCAAGUACUCUUUUGUUUAAAGGAGAAGAACGCCAAGAAGAUUAAUUCGCAUCGAUGGUUUUUUAAUGCGUUCGGACCGAUUAUUAAACCUGAAGUUUGUGUGUUACUGGAUGUUGGAACAAAGCCAACGACACCGUCCAUAUAUCAUCUGUGGAAGGCGUUUGAUCGGGAUUUGAAUGUUGGUGGUGCAUGUGGAGAGAUUUAUGUUGAAUUGGGUGCUGGAUGCUCCAAUCUGCUAAAUCCGUUGGUGGCAGCACAGAACUUUGAGUACAAGAUGUCGAAUAUUCUUGAUAAGCCGUUGGAAUCCGUGUUUGGAUACAUUUCCGUCUUGCCUGGUGCAUUCUCGGCUUAUCGAUACGUCGCACUACAAGGCGAGCCACUUAAAAAAUAUUUCGUGGGUGAAUACAUGCAUGGAAAUGGUUCAGGAACUGUUUUCUCGGCAAACAUGUAUCUAGCUGAAGAUCGCAUCCUAUGUUUCGAAUUGGUGACAAAGGCUAAAAGUGCAUGGAAGCUGAAAUAUGUUCGAUCAGCGCAAGCUGAGACCGAUGUGCCAAGUGGAGUACCAGAGUUCAUAUCUCAACGUCGACGUUGGUUGAACGGAUCAUUCUUUGCUAUGCUCCACUCAUUAUCUAAUUGGCUGGCCUUGUGGACAUCAAAGCACUCCAUUAUCCGUAAACUUGGGCUAACGUUCCUGACGCUGUAUAAUUUUGUCUCUGUGGCCUUCAGCUGGUUUGCAUUGGCGAAUUUCUAUUUAUCAUUCUAUUUUGUAUUUUCUGGAGCCAACAGCCAGAACGCCUAUGAUCCCUUCUUUGGUGCAGGCUACUAUGUAUUCGAAACGCUACGCGAAGUCUACCUGCUCGCUCUGAUGGUCAUCUUUGUCACAUCGAUGGGUAACAGACCACAAGGAAGUAAAGUGCUAUACACAAUGUGUAUGGCACUUUUUGCAUUCCUGUUUAUAUCGAUACUGUAUGUCACUGCAUGGGUGGUGUACUAUGCAGUCCCGAAGAGCCAGGCUCAGUGGCUUCUUAUUGGUAAUCUGAUAUUGAACUCGGCGCCAUUACGGGAUGUGGUGUUGUCGUUGGCUAGUACUUAUGGAAUGUAUCUGGUUGCGUCCGUGCUGUACAUGGAGCCGUGGCAUAUGAUUACUAGCUUCGUGCAAUAUAUGCUAUUGCUCCCGUCCUUUGUAAACAUCCUGCAAAUUUACGCCUUCAGUAACUUACACGACGUGUCGUGGGGCACUAAAGGAGACUCUGGUGGUGCGGCUCUCGCAACUGUCGAAACAAAGAAGGGCACCAACGAAGUAGAAGUGGAAGUAGUAACAGAAACAGCUGAUCUCGAAGUAAACUAUGAAGCCUUCCUUCUUGAACUACGGAGCGCUCCUGAAGUACAGGUUCAAAAAGUCGAUAAAGCCACUGCCGAGUCAGACUACUUUAGAAGCUACCGAACCAACUUGUUGCUCACAUGGAUUUUUUCGAAUUUCUUGCUGGUGAUCUUGUUGACCAACCCAGAGCUGAAUGUCUUUGUAAUGUCAAAGUUGGGAAUUACGCAGUCUUCGUCGUUUAAUCCUUAUUUGACUUUCAUCUUCUUUUCCGUGGCUGGAUUAUCUGCCAUAAGGUUUACAGGUUGUAUACUCUAUUUACUGCUGUCGUUGAUCGGCUGCUAG